AUGGUGGCAGGAUUACUUGAAUCUGUCAUCCAUGCAAACGAUCAUCGCUUUCCUUCUGGUGGACCCAUAUCUUUAUUUCAUUCUCGAGCUGUGCCGAGUAUCAAGAUUGAAAUGUACAUGGCAAGGAUACUACGAUACACACCCUUCAACAACGACGUAUUACUAUGCAUACUCGUCUACUUUGACAGAAUUGCUCGACGUAUGAGUAAUGGUCCUGGUGCAUUUGCCAUCAACUCAUUCAACAUCCAUCGGCUCUUGAUAACCAACAUUGUGGUCGCAACUAAAUAUACCUCUGAUACCUUUUAUUCUAAUGCACGUUACGCCAAGGUGGGUGGUCUAUCAUUGUUGGAACUCAACAAGCUUGAGCUCGAGUUCCUCAAGCUAUGUGGUUUUGAGCUUCAUGUCCGCCUCGAGGCAAUUCAAGAAUACGGCGAACAGCUUAUGCAUCAUACUUUGAUGCAUCUCCCAAAGACACUUGGACCCAUUUUGCAUAUCAACAACGCUAUCAACUCAGCGUCAGCAAGGAUGACAACAACAGCAACAGCAUUACCACGAUCAAGGAAACGUGUGCUGGAAGAAGCGGAGGACACAGAUAAUGAUUUAUUUGUGAUGCAAGGUUGUCGUCACAGGAUAACACCUCCUACCACCACAGCUAGUACCCAACAUCCCUGUGUAUUAUACCCUAUGGAACAGCAUCAUGCUAAACGUCAUCGACCCAUGUCAUCCUCAUCACCCACGAAAGCUGACACCACCAUCACUGCCACCAGUGGCACGCAUCAAAGUAUAUCAACAGCAUGA